AUGAAGCUCUCCUGGGGCAUCGGUGCCCUCGUGCUGGCAGUAUGCAGUGUGCAUACACUAGCCAACGACGAACCACUCGUCUCUCAACCCGGCGACAAGGCGAAUAUCCCAGGAUGGCAUCUCAUCUCUGCCACCAGCGUGUCAGAUGAUAUGUUCGCGCUGUCCAGACCCGGAGUCAACACUGAGGACUGGCAUCGCGUGGGCCCUCGCAAGUCCGUCAUGGCCGGGCUGAUCGAAAGCGGCGUCUACAACGAUACCAAAAUUUUCUACUCAGACAAUAUGAAAGAACUCGAAGACGAUGACCUUUUUCGUGCGCCCUGGCUCUACCGAGAGGAAUUUACCGUCAACCCAUCCGAGGGUCAGUACUUCACGCUGAUCACACACGGAAUCACCUCCAAGGCGGAUAUCUACCUCAACGGCGUCCAGAUUGCAACAAGCGAGGAGCAGCAGGGUUCAUACGGUGGCCACAGUUACAACAUCAGGAACCACGUUCAGGCGGGGAAAAACUGUGUGCUCAUUCGGGCGUACCCUACGAACUACCUCCGUGACUUUGCGAUGGGCUUCGUCGACUGGAACCCAUAUCCUGCCGACAACGGCACGGGCGUCUGGCGCGAUGUCGAGAUUGCGCAAACUGGUGCAGUGUCCAUGUCGCCUUUUCGAGUCAUCACGGAUUUCACUCAACCCCACGAGAGAAAUAACGUCAAUGUCAUCCUGAAGACAGACCUAAUCAACCACUCCCCCAAUCCCUUGCAUGUUAGCGUGAACGGCACGAUAUGGCCUCCAACCUCGGACCCAAUCCCAUUUGGGCAGAGCUUCUACCUCCGGCCAGGCCAGGAACUCACAGCCUUCAUCAAAGUCCGCAUCGACGACGCACGGAUCUGGUGGCCUGCAAGUUGGGGUGAUCAACCGCUGUACGAAGUACAAGCCAAAACAUAUGUCACCGAUAACUUCAGCAUAUCCGAUGCGGCAAAGUCUUUCCAAUUCGGCAUCCGUAGCGUCGGCUCCCGCUUAAAUCAGCACAACGACACUGCUUUUUUCGUCAACGGAUUCCCCUUCCAAGUCCUCGGAGCCGGAUACGGACCAGACAUGUUCAUGCGCUUUGACGAGCAGCGUGUCCGCAAUAUAUUCCGAUACAUGCUAGACAUGGGAAUGAACACUGUGCGAUUGGAGGGUAAACAGGAGCACCCUGAGCUAUACUCAUUGGCCGACGAGAUGGGGAUGAUGGUCCUACCAGGGUGGGAAUGCUGCGAUAAAUGGGAAGGGUGGGAGUACAACGAAGACGCAGACGGCUUAAAAUGGAGCGAAAAAGAUUAUACCACCGCACAAACCGCAAUGCGCCACGAAGCCGAAAUGAUGCAACCCCACCCCUCUAUCCUCGGUUUUCUCGUGGGAUCAGACUACUGGCCCGACAAACACGCGACAGGCGUCUAUCUCAACGCCCUGAUGCAGAUGGACUGGCGCAGCCCCGUAAUCGCAUCCGCCGCUAUGCGGGGAUUCCCCGACGCACUUGGUCCAUCGGGCAUGAAGAUGGACGGACCAUAUGACUGGGUCCCACCGAACUACUGGUACACUGAUAAAUACGGGGCAGCUUUCGGAUUUGGAACCGAGCUUGGGGCGGGCGUGGGGACUCCUGAAAUGGGAAGUUUGAAGAGGUUCUUGUCAGAUGGUGAUUUGCAGACGCUCUGGACGAAGCCUGAAGAGGGGCUAUAUCAUAUGUCGCGUGAGCAGUCAUCAUUCUAUAAUCGGAAGAUCUAUAAUGAGGCGUUAACUGCGCGGUAUGGGGAGGCAGAGAAUUCGGAGGAUUAUGUUGAAAAGUGCCAGAUGGCGGAUUAUGAGGCUACGCGCGCACAGUUCGAGGCGUACUCAACUCGCCAGAAUGCUUCUCGUCCGGCGACGGGGGCUAUUUACUGGAUGUUGAAUAGUGCGUGGCCGAAUUUGCAUUGGCAGCUUUUUGAUUACUAUCUCGCUCCAAUGGCGGCGUAUUUUGGGACUAAGGUUGGGACGAGGGUUGAGCAUGUCGCCUAUGACUAUGAGGAUCAGAGUGUCUGGCUUAUUAACCACUCUCUCGAAGAAGAGGGCGAGCGACAGGUCCAGAUUGACCUUAUUACUCUUGCGGGACAGAAGAUCUCAAGCAAAAAGGUCAAGACAACCACAUCACCCAGUUCCUCCAAGCGACUUGGAACAGUUCCUGGGAUUGAUAAAAUGAAAGCCCAUGACAUAGCCUUCCUCCGGCUCGUCCUCCACGACAAAAAGAGCAAAAAAGACAUAAGCCGCAAUGUAUACUGGCUUACCCCAAAAACAGACACCUUGGACUGGAACAAGACAAAUUUCUUUUACACCCCGGUAACCGAAUACGUCGACUACAAAAAGCUAAAUUGCCUCGCCCCGGCAAAAGUCAAAGCAACUCUCAAGAACCCCAAGAACAUCAGACCGCGUGAAGGAUGGAUAAUCAAAGAGAUCGAGCUGCAAAAUAAAUCCAAGGGGCCCGCCCUCUUCUUGCACCUGAGUGCACUAAACGCCAACGGCGAGAAUAUCACGCCGGUCUACUGGUCCGAUAAUUAUGUCACCCUCUGGCCACGGGAGAAAGUAUACUUGACUGUUGCGUUUGAGGGGAAUAUGAAAGGGGCGACGAUUGAGGUUUCUGGGCGGAAUGUGAAGAAAAUGGAGUUGAAGGAUAAGAAGGGAAAGAGAUCGACUGACUCGGAGGGUUUAUGGAGGCGGAAGAAAGCGUCAAAGGCGGUGCCGAAGUAUUGCUCUGGGUGA